AUGGAUAAGACAGUGGUUUGCACCAGCCGUAAUGCUGAUUUUAUUAUUUUGCUUUCAGCCAUAAGGACAGAUCUCAGUUUGCUGCUUGAGUGUCUGAAGUUUCAGAUGAAAUGUCCUGAUUUGCAGAAACAAGCUCUUCUCACCAUUCACUCAAUCUGUGAAAAGAGAGAGGAUACAGUGGACAUGCUGAGAGAAAUGGGAGGUGUGGCAUUUCUGUAUAACCUGGCCAAAUCCAGUAUUGUUCAUUCAGACGUUAAGGAGACUGCACUCUUCACGCUUGGCACACUAGCAGAGGCCAGUGUGUAUUGCAAGAAUUCUCUGUGCAGAAAGGAGACAUUUGCAGACAUUGCUGGUUGGUUGAUGAAAGAAGACAUCCCACUAACACACAAGAGAGUGUGUGUCUAUUUGCUGUCUGUGUUGGUCUCCAAUAACAAAUUGGGACAGACUUUAGCCCAAACCACUAGCUGCCUGGAUAUCCUCCUGGACCUCUUCAAGACCACUUUCCCCCUCUCCACAGAGGCUACUUUGAGAGCAGUUAAUGCUACUCAGACCUACCAACUUUGGGCAUCUGUGUCUGGUGCUCUCUGUGGAUGUGUCAACAACCCACAGUGUGAGGAGGCUCAGCGUAUUUGUGUGUCAGCCUUUCCCAUUAUAGAAAUGUGGCUUCAGCAGAUUGCUUUACCACGUACUGAGCUUUUUCAACCCAUAUGUUCCUUCAUAGCAAUGACAGUUGCCAACAACUCCUGUGUUCAGGAGAAUUUUUCUGCCUCAGGCGGUCUGGAUACUCUCACCCUUGCACUGGUUCAACAAGCUUCUGCAGCAGAUACAAGCCUGUUGUCUUGCCAGCUUUCUGUCAUUAUAUCCAAGACCCUGUCAGCUUGCAUCACAGAUAACUCUGCUCUGGCUUCAGGUCUGGCUCAGUAUGGCAUGGUUUCACACCUCUUCUCCCUGCUGGCUAGCCCACACCUGGACCCUGAGGACAGGCUCUCUGUUUUAAUCACCCUGUGCCACUGCACUGAGGCCUCUGAGGAGCACCAGUCCCAGCUGGUACAGUGUGGAGGCCUGCCUCUUAUCAUAACUCUACUCACAGAGGAUCCAAGUGAGGAGGUUAGGAAGGCUGCUACAUUCGUAUUGCAGACCUGCAAACAGGCCACCAUGUCCUUGGGAGUGCUUGGUAUGACAACAAGACAGGGACAGGGUGAAAAUUUGGGGGCUCUUACAAACUUGGAAGGGUUCAGGAGCUCAGCCAGAGAGUUGCUGCACAGGAUUGACAUGCUUGAGAGGAGACAGACAAAGGCUGUGGAUGCGCAAGUAGACACAGACCCAUCAGCUUCAACUGAAGGGCAAGACCAACCAUCUGUAGAAAUAGGGGGUGGCAACAACAUAAAACUUCAUACUGUCAGAGACAUGAUCAAGAGUGAGAGUGCAAGUGAACUGAAAAACAUGAGCUCCAAUAUAAAUAUGCAGGAAGUGAAGGCUAAUAGUAGGGGAGGGGAUGUGUGGUGCUCAGUUUGCAAGGGUACUGGAGCCCUAAUGUCUUCCCAACUGCAGUCACUAGAGGGAGGCAGAGAGCUUCAUUCAGCUGACAAUCAGUUGUUUAAGCCCCCAGCACCAGUGAGGCACAGUGUACCAAAAGAAAUUGAAUGCACUGAUGAAGAGGGGUUGGAGAACCUGAUGAGUAAGGUGGGGCAAAUCCCAGUGAAACAACAGUCACUCUCACCUAUCCGGUGUGCAGGUUGUGUUUUGCCUUUUGAGGAGGUGACCAGCCGUACUUUUGCAUCUCUCCAAAGCUCCUGCCACCACAGCUGUGACAUGCACAAGGCUCUCCAGGAGGCCACAGAGCGGUUCAGGACUCAUCACCUCAACCUUCUAUUCAGGAGAAAGUACCAAGACAGCACUGAGGAGCAGGCACCCCCAGACUCUGAGACAGCAGCAGAGCCACGACGAAGCUGGAAAAACUGGAGGGAGGUCUGUCUGACUCCAAUACAUAAAGGAGCAGGGAGAGGCAAGAGCUCCCUUCCAGAACACACAGAAGUGGAAUUUAAUGGCAUCACCUUGACUCCACUGCACAGAGAAGCUAAAAAAGACAUGAGCUCUCAUACCAAGACUGUUCCAGGCUUGACUCCCCUGAAAAGGUCUCAUCUUCCUGAGGAGAGAAGAGGAAGGAGUAAUAGUGGACAUCAUGCUUUUGAUGAUGAGCUGAAGACUAGCAUUGACCACUGUUCCACUCGAAGGAAGAGGAAAGACUUCAGCCGUGAGGAGGUGCGCUACCUACUGUGGGGAGUGAAGACUUUCGGUUUCUCCUGGAACUCCAUCUUGUGGUCAUACCCCUUCAAACCUGGACGCACCAAUGUUGGCCUGGCCAAGAAAUACAGACAGCUAAUGAAAGGUAAAGCCCAGGACGCUGGCUGUGCAUAAUCCAGGGCUUGAGAUCCAGGGCCAGACCCUCUGUAAAUAGUGACCUUGAUUUAUCUGAAAGACCUCCA